AUGAGCCGAGUGACACCAAGCCCGGAGAGCAGAGCAGCGCAGCUGAGACUGUUCGAUCUGGAGAUGGCAUACCUGCAAGACUCGGCGCACACCGGCAGCGUUCCCCACAUGCCCCCCUCCUUUUCCCCCUCCGCGUGCUCCUGUCCCCCCCCCCUCCCAUUGCGCCGUGUGGCUGAGGAACAAGCGACUGGGAGAGACGCAGACGGCCGCUCUGAUCUGCAUGUGCUCUUCUCCUCUCGUUCCAAGUCCAGUGGCGCGCCUGGUAACGGCCCAACGCAGAGGAGAGGGCGAGGGGCAACGCCGCGGGAAGGCAAGAGGCUGAGGCAGCAGGUGGAGCAGGUAGAGCCGGAGGAGGAGGAGGAGGACUGCGUGCUCUGA